AUGUUUGAGAGCAAUAUUCCACUGACUAUAAUCAUAAUAAUAAUUCUUAUAAUGGAUUUCUUGAUUAGGAUAAAUACUUAAUAAUAUUAAAAUGGAUAAGCUAUACGAGAUAGAUGGAGACUUAUUGUAUAUUAGGCAAAAAAGUCAAUGCUUAUUGAUUUUUUAUCAAUAAUAAUAAUGAUAGUAUUUUUAUCUAUUGAACCAUAAGAUUAGUACUAUAACCUAUUCACAUUAGUUACAUUAACAUAAUAUUCUUAUGUUUAUGAGAUACUUUCAAAAAGUGAAUAACUCUCAUAUUUUACUAGACCUUAAAGAGGAAUAUUAGGUUUACUGAAGUUUGUAGCAACACUGUUUUAUAUUUUGCAUCUGUUCAGUUGUGUUUGGUUUUGGAUCUCAAGUUUGCAAAUAGAGGAUUCCUGGAUUGAUUUUAAGGAUUUAACUAAUAAAUCUUGGCAAUUAUAAUAUUUGGAAGCCUUAUAUUUUGCAAUUAUUAAUGUACCUAAGAACCCAACUGAGAAAAUUCAUCACAAUCUAUAUAUCAUAUCUUGGAGCAUUGUGAACUGUGUUAUUGGAGGCAUUAUGAAUAGACAUCAACUCAAAAUUAAGUUGAAAGAAAUUAGAAGAUGCAGACGCUGUUAUCUUAAUACAGCUAUAUCCGACAAAAACGAAAUUAUCCCUUUUGCCUUGCAACAUUAUGUAUUAAUAGCCAUUUUAUUCAUAGAAUAAAGGAGUACUUAACCUUAUAGGUGGAAAGAAGAUGAUGAGGUGGAUUUAGAAAUAGAAUAAGCAUUAUUGGAUCAAUUGUCUGAUGAACUAAAAGAAGAAUUAGAUAAAUAAGCUCAUAAAGUCUUUAUUGAGAAAUCUAUUUUAUUGCAAUAGUUUUUUAGUGAUGAAUUUAGAAAUGCUCUGUUCAAGAGCAUCAAAAGGAAAAUUAUUCCACCAGAAAAUACAUUUUAAAUUGAUUUUAAUGGUUAACAUCAUCUUUGUUUUAUUGAAUAAGGACAUCUGUUGUAUUAACAUAAAGAUUCAAAAUAGAGAUCUAAAAUGAAUACCAUCAUAACUGUAGGAGAAUUUCUUUGUGUUAAAGAAUUUAUAAUCGAAGAUCCUGAAAUGGAACUUUUCAAAGCUGUUGGAUAUGUUAGUCUCCUAGUUUUAUCCAAAUAAGAAUUCUUAUAAACACUGAAAGACUUUCCAGACGAUUUUCAAAAAUAUUGUUAAUUGAAAGACUCAAUAAUUCUAAAUUUAGAUUCAAUAGUUUUAACAAAAAGUGUCUAUUGUCCUGCUUGUUAACAAUUUGAACACUCAUUAACUCAUUGUCCUUAUAUUUAAUUAAAGUCUAACAGAGAAGUAGUAAUAAAACGUUAUUAACAUUCAACCAAUUAAUAGAGAGCACCAUUUUCAAGAAGAAGAUAGAAAAAUAUAUUUUUGGCCUUAUCAGAAAAAGAAUUAGUGGCAGAGUUUGCUAAGGUGUUUUCUAGUGACAACUAACUCAUUAUCAAUUAAUAACUCAAAAUUUAUCUUAACCAUGAAUCUGAUCUAUUCGAAUCUAAUUCUGUUGAACCUCCACCUUCAAAUGAUAAUAUUAAAUUAACUCCCCAGAUGUAAUAGGCUAGCCUUGCUCCUUAAUCUGCGGCGUGUGCGGAUUUACUAAGCAGCAUAAGAAUUCAGAAAAACUUAAUUAGGGAAACGGACAUUGAUCUUAAAGGAGAAUUGAGAUAAUAAUUAAAUUAAGGAAGAAUAAUUAGGAAAAUGACUCUUCAUCCAUAAAACAAAUAAAUUAAAAAGAGUACUACGACUACUUUUACUGUGAGACAUAUUUAAGAUGAAGAAGUAGAAGACAAAUAAUUGGCAAUAGAAUUUCAGAAUUCUCAAAAUGAAAAUAUAAUACUUCUCUAUAAUAAAUUAAUAAAGCAAGAUUAGGAUGAGCUUAUAGUCAGGUAAGCCUUAAGUCAAAUUGAACCUCUGUUCUGGAAGUUAAAUCAAAAAACUAUAGAUAACUUUGAAGUUCUAAAAAAUUAUGAUUAUUUUUAUUGUCAUCAUAAUGUUUAGUAGAUAAUUGACGUUGUAAAUAAAAAUAUCCAUUCAUGGCAAAAGGAUAUCAUAGAUAAGCUAUAGAAAUUCAUGUUUUUCCCUUUCAAUUAUAUACUCAAGUAUCUCAAAUUAAGACGCAAUAGGAUGAAUCAAGCAAUUAUAGAGAAAAGCAAUAAGUUUAAGAGGAUAAAGAACAAAUUAAGAAUGAUGCAAUUAAGGAGUAACUUACACUUGAAAAAGAUGUCAACAUCAUCAAACAAGAACAUACGAUUUAGCUAAAUAUUGCCUUCAUAAUUUCCAUCUUAAGAUUCAAUUAUUGCCUGA